GAGAGCACAAUAAUAUGUCAUGAGAGAUUCCAGGAACGUAAAAGGAGAAAAUAACAUUUUGGUGAUGCCUUGUCUUUUAUUUCCCUUGAUUCACCAGCGCAGAUUAAAUGUUCAUGACAGUGGUGAGAAAUGCCUGCAUACACUCCUGUGGUAUUGUUGUCCCCCUGAGAAGCAGUAACUUGCUUUGACCACUGCAGGGCAGAGGAGAGUAAUCUCUCCUCUGAAGACUUGAACUUCAGACUCAUGCAAAGGAAAACUUGAGGGAAACCCCAAGUGAAAGACACACUUAAGAAGAUGUAUUACUUCUCCAAUGUCACCAGAAUUAUUAUUUUGGCAUUUUUACACAUCACCCACAAUUGAUAAAACAUGUACUGCGGCCUGAACUUAAUCUGAAUGUACAGUACAAAUACUUUCUUUUCAAAACAAAAGAUUUAGUCAAGGUUAGAAAACGACCGAACCACCUUAUCAAAGCAGCCGCACAUUUUCCACUGAAUCCAUCCAUCCUACAGAGGUCAUAUGUAUGAAGGGUUAAAUCUGUUGUGUAAUUCCAUUUGGCUUUGGCAGAGCUCAAAGCGCCAGCAGAAGCCCUGCCUCAGCAGUUCGGGCUGCCCAAUAAAGCAGCAGGCUUCAUACCACUGGGACAGUCUGACAACCACAGCCAGAGACAGGCCCAUGCCACUCUGUCCAGCAACCAGACAGGGAGAGGUCCCAGCACACACACACACGCACACACACACACACACACACACACAUAGACAUAAGUGCAUGAACACAUGUAUGCAAGCAGAAAAACAGCUUACAUAUAUGAAAACCAACAUUUCCUCAUUGUAAACAUUAUUGGGAGAUGCAAGAUGAGUAUCACCAGUUGAUUGUGAGAGUUACUGGGGUAAUGGAAAUGCAUUUUCAGCACUUUGUUGUGUAUGCCCCUCAAAAUGACACAUAAUGACAAGCGCAUGCACACACACAUACAAACAUACACACACACACAAGCCACAAGACUUGACCGUCGCUUUAGGAGCCCUGGGGUUUUGGGCCAGGGUCCAAGACUCCUCACAGAAACACAGGAAAUGACAUUUCCUACAUUCUGCAGGACACACAGAAAGAGGGAAAGAAAGGGAGAGACGGACUGAGAGAGAGAGAGAGAGAGAGAGAGAGAGAGAGAGAGAGAGCACUGGGAGAGUGAGUGGGAGUUUCUAAGUGGGAACAGAACAUUUACUGUUUCAUAUUACACAAAAAGCAGAGAAAGAGGAGAAGAGUUAAUGGUGGGUAAGGGGUACUGGUGGGUCGUGCGGUCCGGCUCUGUUUUGAAUGUAGCCGCUAGUUGAGGUGCUGUGCAGUUGUCUGGGUUUAUGGAUUCGCUGACUGUGGAAAAUGUACUUCUCUAUAGUGGUCCUUGUCCUGACUAAGGCUCUGGUCACAGAUGUAUGUCACGCUCUCAAUGUGACACUGACCCCUGGACCUGUUGUCAUGGUAACAGAGAAAGACAACGUGACCCUGUCCUGCCUGGUAUCUCAGAGGAAGAGGAGCAGCAGCGUUCUCAUCCUGCGCUGGUUCUUCUCACCUCUUGCUGCUCCGACUCUCCUCCCUCCUCCGUCCUCUCCAUCCUCCUCCUCCCCCCCAGCCCUGGACCCCUCUCAAUUUCUGAUCGUGAAGAUGGGCAUAAAGAAAAUGAAGCUGUACGGUAACUACACCCGUGGUUUCCCCCAGCCAAAGUUUCGCCUGUACGAGGAGGCGGAGGGGGAGCUGUAUCGGUUGCGGAUUUUCAGCGUGGCAGGGGGGGAUCAGGGGUUCUACACCUGCAAGGUUCAGGAGAUCCGCAAAUUCAGAAACACGUGGAGAUCAUCGUCCAAUGGCACCAGCACCACACAGCUCACAGUGCACUUCACCCUCGAGGCCGGCAGCAGUGAAGGACUGUGGCGUUUAUUUGCGGAUGUGUAUCUGUGCGCUGUGCUGAUCUGCUCACUGGGCCUGUUGUCCAUCUUCCUGUUCACUCUGGUUCUCACGUGCCAGUACUUUCACAGACGACACCGGCUCAAAGCCAGUUAUCUGCUGGUCAAGUGUCCAGAAAGCAGCUCAGGAGAGACUGUAACCAGCUCCAGCAGUUCCUCCAGUUACUCCCCAAGAGCGCAGAGGAAAGACACCAGACGGAAACCGGACAGAAGAGUCACAGUGACGCCACCUAAACUACCUGUAGAGCCUCCACCGCACAUACCAGCCAAAGUGCCUGUUGCUGCGAAGAGACCUCAAAAGCCCAGAAGGUUAAAGACUCAGCCGAGGAGAUCUGCCGCUCCUCGAGUAACACAGGAGGACAGUCUGACAUAUGCAGAACUGGAGCUGGUUAGACCGAGGCCGGAGCCCCAGGCCUCCUCCGCCACACCGGACCCCGACCCCUCAAGCCCGGACACUGUGUACGCUCAGAUCCUCUUCCAGGAGAAGCAGCUGUAAACACAGCCGCUCGGUACCUCCUCCGGUGAAGGCAGAGAUUCGGCUCUGACUGAGUGGCAUCAAAAAGGACUAUAGCCUAUUUAUGAACUAUCAAUAUGGCAAUUAGCUUUUGUUUUUUGGCUGCAAGUUCGCUACAGCUGCUGGUAAAUGAGGCUUUUGUGUUUCCUCCCGGCAGUUUUUUUCCAGCACAGCAGUUUUUUGGGGUCUUAUAAUUCAGUUGUUUUGUUUGUUGGCAUCGUUGGCCUGUGAGCCAGAUGUUUAUAAGAAUGUUGUUACUGGUAACUAUUCUGUAUAAACUCAGGAGACUGUGUGGAGGUGUGUGGUGUCCAUGCUCCAACUGCAGCGUCAUGUUGCCACAGCCACAGCUUUUUAAAUGCAUUAUAGCUCUAAUGAACAAAAAUGAAUAAACGUAUGCCUGGGUCUGACAUUCAAA